UGAAACAUGGGCUUUUUAAAAAUUAAUUCAUAGUUUUAUGUUCAAUAUACUUAAAAUUGUUAAUCUUAUGUGUGUAAUUAAUAUUUUUAAAUUUGAGUUAGUUAAUUCUAAACCGUUUUAAUGUUAAAUAAUAGUGAUAUUUUCAAUUUAUUGAACACAUUUAAUUAAAUCCAAAGAGCCCUUUCCACAUCCUUUCUGAGCAUGCGCAGAGAAUGAAAAAAAAAUCGCGCACACGCAUUGACCUUCUUCAUCUACGCCAUACUGUGCUUUGGCCUCGUGUCUGGAAAGAGGGAUUAAUCACGAUUCAUCCGUUGGAGUUAAGGUAAGCCCAGCUUUCUGAUAUACAUACGUGUGAGGUAAAGACAGGAUCAUUUGAACGAAGAACAAAGGAAAAUCAUCGGCUUCAUGUCAAGACUGCUCAAGAACAAGGUGUGAACUGUUUAGGUGUAAGAAAAUCAUGUGUUUUAACGGAUAACCUCUCGUAUUUUAAUGUUGUUACUGGUUACCCUCCCGACAUUGUGCACGAUUUCUUUGAAGGAAUCGUUCCUGUCGAGUUGGCCCAGUGUAUUGACCUUCUCGUGUCAAAAAAGUAUUUUUCUCUCGAACAACUGAACAAUCGUAUUCGUUCUUUUCCUUACAAGGAAGGAGAUAAAACUAAUCGCCCCACUGUGUUAUCAAAAGCUGUAAGUAAGAAGAAGAGACGUUCUCUUGGGGGUAAUGCACAUGAAAACUGGUGUCUUAUUCGCUUGCUUCCUUUUAUCAUUGGACCAAAUGUCCCUGCUGAUGAACCAGCCUGGCUGGUUAUUUUAGACUUAAAAGAUAUUGUCGAGCUUGUAGUAGCUCCUGUUCACAGUCUUCAAUCUGUUGCAUAUUUGGAAUGUAAGGUCUCAGAGCACCGAAAGCGUUACCAACAACUAUUUCCUAACCAAAAACUGAUGCCUAAACACCACUUUACUGAGCACUAUGCAGAAAUGAUCAAAUGUUUUGGUCCUCUUGUGUCAUUAUGGACGAUGAGAUUUGAGGCCAAGCAUAGUUUCUUCAAACAGGCUGUUCGGAACAUCAAAAGCUUCAGAAACAUAGCCGGCUCUUUAGCUCGUAAACAUCAGUUAAUGGUUGCGUAUAGAAUGCUUUGUCCUGAUGAUGAAAACUCUACAGAUGUUACUCGCGUGACAGAAGUGCCGUUGGAUGUCCUUAAAGACAAUGUUGUGAAAAGUAUCGCUAACAAACAUCCAGACGUGACUGCUGUUAACUUAGCCACUGGCGGUUUUGUGAACAAUAUUCAGUACAAAAAGGGGAUGAUUGUUGUGCACGGAUCAUGUGGUGGUCUACCAGAUUUCUGUGAAAUUCAACAUUUGUGCAUUAUUAAAAAAGAGACCCUCCUUAUUCUGAAAAGACUAAAUUCAUGGUACAUGGAGCACUAUAGGGCUUUUCACCUACAAACAACAACAGAUGUUGUUGUUGUAUCCAUGACAGAGCUGGCCGACCCAUACCCCCUAUGCGACUAUGAAGUGGGACACUUGCGGAUGGUCACCUUAAAAAGACAUAUUCACAUUGCUUGAAGAAUGGCUGCUACUUUGAGGGUGAUACUUGGAGUGGACAAUUCAUCCAAGUUGGUGCUUCCUUCUGGAAUCCCUGGUUCAGUGGACAUUUUAAAAGAGGAAAUACAAAGACAGUUUGGAUUGACUGAAGAUUUCAGGCUUCAAUAUAGAGAUGUUGAGUUUGACAAUGAAUACAUGAAUCUAACCACAACUGGGGACAUUAAAGACAAGAGUACAAUCAAAAUAAUUUACACUCAAAACUCUGCGCCGUCCACUGUGCCCACCACAGCACCCACAGCUGCCUCCAGAGAGACAGUACCACAGUUUGCUGCGCCAUCCUUGCCAGACACUGACAUCCUUUCCUCCUCAGACUCCAGUGCCUCUUGUUCAUCUCUUCGCUUGCGGAAAUGGCCCUUAAACUUUCCAAUACCAACGUUUAGUUUUGAUGUGGAGUUUCAGUUACACAGAGCCCAGCAAGAAUAUGAAAACAAUGGGACUCUCUUAGACCCGAGCCCAAAACUCAAAUCUGACAUAUUAGAUAUGUUGGCAUCAGAAAUUGCAAAAUACAAAGUUUAUCCAUCAAGUGGAGAUAUUGAUGAUGUCGCUAAAACGUUAAUUCAAAAAUAUCCCUUUCUCAAAGAGACCGGAUCUGUGACGGGCUGUGAAGGCUGGAAAGUAAGCCUAAAAUACAAAAUGGCCAAUUACCGGACAACACUGAGAAACAUAGGGUGCCCAGAGGUGGCAAUAAACACUCUACAACACAAGAGAGAACGAGAGAAGAGUCCACGUCGAAACAACGUCAAAAAGCCACGGAAAGCAGAAGUGAACUUUUUACCACAAUACCCUGCAGGAGAAACAAAGAAAAGUCUGGAGGAAGAAUGACAAGCACUACUGAUUGAGGUGAAGAAAACAAACAACGAUCAAAUAAUCAAAACAAAGAUGGAUAAGACGUUUGCACACAGAAGAAGAGAGGUGAUUGAAGAGAUGCCAUUCAUCGCAGAGUUCAAGAGCAGAUGGCCGGCCCUCUUCAAAGUACCCGAGAUCAAUGCGGAGUUCACCCGAAUCACCACAGUUCCACUGCUGUCCACAUUCAUGAGCAGUCUUGACCAGUACUCUGACCAGUUGAUGAAGAUUCUACGAAAAAAAGGAGGGGAAACAGCGCGGCGGAUCACAGCAGCGUUGUCUGCAAUUUCACAGAGUUCCCGAAUCGAAGUGAAGCGUGAAUGCAUCCUUAAAGCUGUGAUUAUAUACCUGAAUGAGAACCCUGAAAAUCUCAUCAAAGAGUACAUGGAUUUCAACGUGAUGGAAGCUGAUGAGCUCGAGAGGAUGGAUUUGGGUGUUUAUAAAAUAAUCCAUGAAGGAGCACAGCCUGAUGACUCCCUUGAAGAUGUUGGCAUCAUUAUCGAGAGAUGCACUGUCUUGCCGGAUCUUCGCGAUGUGGCGAGCGGGUGUGCACUUUUGUUUGGGCUAAUUUACUGCCUCAAUCUGAGUUACCCAAAGCCACUUCGCUACACAUUUGAGUUCUUCCAGAAGGUGCUCAUGGGACUGGAAGACAAAAAACUGUCUAACAAAAUACAAGUGCUGAAGAACAAACUCUGCCAAAAGGAGACGCAAUGACUCUUCUAGAUCAAAAUGUCCCCCAAAAUAAGUGCUCUGUUUUCUUGCUGAGUAAAAAUUUUACUGUUUAAAAGUUUAUAAAUAUAUAUAUGUUGAUCCUUGUUUGUAAAUAUUUUUUCAGCACUUUUAAUGUUUAAGAGAUUUACUGAAUGCCAUUUUUCUUUUGAUUGUGGAAAAGAAAACACAAUUCAGAAACUGAGUUUUUUGAACUGGGGACAAAAUUACCCAGAUUGAUAUUUUUGUUGUUGUUUCACUUUAACAUUUCUGCAGUUUGAGUUGCUGUGGUAAUUCUGCAGACUGUAGCCAUUGCAGACCUACAACUGUACUACACUGCACUGUCACUUAGUUGAAACUGGAAAGUUGUUUCAAAUGUUUACAUUUUGUUUUACGCACUUCAUUUAAUGUUGCAUUAUGCAGUGUUUUUUUCCAUGUUUAAGCUUUGCCUCAUUGAAAGCUUUUGUUCAAGUUGUUAAAGCAACACAAUUUUUUUUUUCUUUUUUUUCCUUGUAUUUAUACUUAGUUUAAGCUCUGCUGUACCAAGUUUCCAUUGCAGGUCAAGGAUAUUGAGUGUUAUAAAUGUUAAAGUUUAUGUGCAAACAAAUGUGAAAGGUUGUCACCUGUACUCAAAUUAAGUGCUGGAUUUUUGGUCUUAGUAUUUAAUUAAGAAUGUUGUGAGAUUUGCUACAUGCAUUGUUUUUUUUGUUUUGUUUUUUUGUUUAUUAGAAAUACCAAAGUUAUAAUUCUGAAUCUGAUUUUUGGAACUGGGGACUAAAUCGUCCAGAUUAACCUUUUUGUGUCAUUUAAGUAUUUUCUGUAAUUGAUUUAUACAGUGGAUUAUUAUUUUUUUAAGUUGCUGUGAUAGAUCUGCAGAUCUGACUAUAAUCAAAUGUUGUUGUAUUGAAUUCAACAUCCUACGGCACACUACAAUGUCACUUUGUUAAAACUUGAAAGUUGUUUCCAAUGUUGUUCCAUUUAAUAUUGCCUUAUGUGGUGUUGUUCCCUGAUCGUGAAUAAAGUUGUUGGUGCAGCACCCUUUUUUUUGCAUUGACACUUGAUGUAAGCUUUGGUGUAAGAGUUUUCUAUUGUAGGUCAAGGAUCUUGAAUGUUAUAAAUGUUAACAUGUGAGCAAGUGUAAAACGGUUCUCGAGUUGUCACCUGUACUGUAGUUAAGUGUUGGACCUUUUGCUGAAGACCUCUGAAGUUCCAAACACCUAAUUGCAAUGUAUAGAUGACAACUAAGGAAUUUUUUUAGACUUGUUUUGAUGAUACCUAAACAUUUAGCAUAUAGAUGAAACUAUUCAUUAAAUCAUAAUUAAUCAAAUUAAUUAGGGCCAAAACACAAUGUAAAUGGUGCCAUUAAAUUAAAAUUAAUAUUGUCAAUUGAACCUAAAGCAAUACAGUUAAUAAAAUGAACAAAGUGUUUAAAUUCUAAUUAAUGGUGUUAAAUAGUGACAAUGGAAAGGAAAGCUGUUGC